AUGUGUGGUAUCAGUGCCAUUCUUCUCGGCGAUCCCAAAGCCACCACGGCUGGUAUCGAGCUCCACGAGAGCAUCUACUAUCUUCAACAUCGUGGACAAGAUGCUGCUGGUAUCACAGUCUGCCAGGGAGGAAGAUUGUACCAGAUGAAGGGCAACGGCCUGGCCUCCAAGGUCUUCCAGGAACCCGCCCGUAUCCCCGAGACACUUCCCGGAUAUGCCGGUAUCUCUCACGUCCGGUAUCCUACUGCUGGAACUUCCUCUGCUUCUGAAGCCCAGCCCUUCUACGACAGCCCUUUCGGUUUGAGUUUGGCUGUCAACGGCAACCUGGUCAACAGCACGGAACUCCGUAGCUUUUUGGAUCUUGAGGCCCACCGCCAUGUCAACACCGACUCCGACUCAGAACUUCUCCUCAACGUCUACGCUCACGCUCUGCACGAGCUCGGUAAGGCUCGAGCCAAUGUGGACGACAUUUUCGCCGGUCUCCGUGAAGUGUACUCGAGGUGCAAGGGUGGAUUUGCCUGUGUUGCCAUGAUCACUGGUUUUGGUGUCCUCGGUUUCAGGGAUGAGAACGGAAUCCGCCCCCUUUGCCUCGGAUCCCGACCUUCUGCCACUCUUGAUGGAACUAUGGAUUACUUCAUGGCCUCCGAGUCUGUUGCCCUGACCCAGCUCGGCUUUACUAACAUUGUCGACAUUCUGCCUGGACAAGCCGUUUUCAUCCAGAAGGGCGGCCACCCCCAGUUCCGACAAAUUGUCGAGAUGAAGUCGUACACCCCCGAUAUUUUCGAAAUGGUCUAUUUCUCCAGGCCUGACUCCUCUCAAGAUGGAAUCUCCAUCUACCGUAGUCGGCAGAACAUGGGAGAGAGGCUCGCAGAGAGGGUCAAGGAUGUGCUGGGCGAGAAGGGUGUCCAAGAGAUUGAUGUUGUUAUUCCAAUUCCUGAGACUAGCAACACAUCCGCAGCUGCCCUGGCCAGUCGCCUGCAGAAGCCGCUCUCCAAUGCUUUUGUCAGGAACAGAUACACUUUCCGAACAUUCAUCAUGCCGGGCCAAAAGGCACGACAACAGGGCAUUCGACGAAAGCUGUCGCCCAUCGCGUCCGAAUUCAAGGACAAGGUUGUCCUGCUCGUUGAUGAUUCCAUCGUUCGUGGUAACACGUCACGUGAAAUUGUUUUGAUGAGCAGAGAAGCUGGUGCCAAGAAGGUCAUCCUGGCUUCGUGUUCUCCCGAAAUCACACACCCCCACGUGUAUGGCAUUGAUCUUGCCGACCCCGCACAGCUCGUUGCUCACAAUAGGACUGUGAAGGAGAUCGCCAAGGAGAUCGGCGCCGAUGAGUUGAUCUACCAAUCGCUGGAUGACCUCAAGGCCGCCUGCCUCGAUGCCAUCGAUGGCGAGACCCAGAUCAAGGACUUCGAAGUUGGAGUCUUUUGUGGAAAGUACCAGACAGAUGUGCCAGAGAGCUACUUUGAGCACCUCAGCGAGAUCCGCGCCAAGGGCAAGAAGAGAAAGAACGUUGAGGAGGAAGGCUCAGAUGCCAAGAAGCUCACCCUGGUGUCCAACAGUGGCCCGGUGAAUGUGCGCAAGGUUCAAGAAGAAGAAGAGGACAAGCCUGUCAUCGACCAGGAUGACAUCAGCCUUCACAACUCUGCGACCGAGCGGUAG